UACAUUCGUUGAUGAGACGAAUUCGGCUACGAAAGAUUUUCUGUUGUAAAAUAGUUAUUCGUUAAAAAACAAGUGACGUCAUUUCCUGUUUAUAUUGGAGACAAAUCUGCUAAACCAAUUAGCAAAUAAUUUCAGCUAAGAUGUUGAUGAAGCUACGUUGUCAUUCAAAUUCUACAGGUUCAAAGUCAUUAUCAAGAUGCAUAGAUUCAUAAGUUUGUAAUUAAAGUGGGGAAUCUCAAAGAUGGAGCGAUUGGACCGUUUAGACAGAGAAACAAUAUCAAGUGCUGUUACUAUUAAGACAGACACUGGUAGUAAGGUUCUACCUGGAGACAAACGAGGCCUUCCAUAUGAAAUUUGGGCAAUUAUUCUUUCAUAUCUUUCAGCUGAAGAAUUAUGCAGGAGUGCAAUAGUAUGCAAGACAUGGCAUGAUGUGGUAUUGAGUCUUGACAGUACCAAAUGGAAAGAUUUGUACAUGAGAAGCACAAGUUGGCGGCACCCAUACUGGCCUCUUAACCUCAGUUCUAAUCCACACUCCUGGAGACAGGCAUAUAAAGAACAGUAUAUAUCCUCCAUGUUCUGGACACAAAUUGACCGUGGUUCAGCAUCAGUAACAUGCAUGUCUGUUUUCAAACGUACAAAACUUCGUAAAACCAUCACUGUAGGCGUGGGUAAAGAAUACGAGACUCUGAAAGGUGCUUUAGCAGUGGCCAAUGAUUUUGAUAGAAUAGAAGUAUAUCCAGGCAUUUAUGAUGAACAGUUUGAGAUGUCCUCAAAGAUACCGUUUGAGUUGGUAGGUCGUGGAGAACUAGGAAGUGUGAUUCUAGUUGUGUGUAUUGAACAGACUGCAAUUACUGGGAGAAUUAGUAACCUGGUAUUUAGAGCACCUUGGUUCACUAAUUUUAUUCUAAAGGUCAGGUCAGGUUAUUUGCAGGUGGACAACUGUAUAAUGGAGGAUGGCAUGGUAUAUGUUCAAAACCCAGGUUCUGUCGCUAUAUCUUUCUGUACAUUUAGACAUGCCACUGUUAUACUGCAGCAUGUUAACGCAAGUAUUAUUCAAAACUGUGAGUUCUCUCAGACAGAUUCAGCGGCUAUCACUGUCGAGGGUUAUCCCAAGGAAGAUAAAAACUGGACAUUCAGGUUGUUAAAUAACAAAAUUAUGUCAACAUGCACAUUACAGAAAAAACCUGAGAGACGAAAAAGUGCCGAUGUUUUGAUUCCCAAGUCAGCCUAUUCUUUAUCUACAGCAACUAUACACAAAAAGCCGGGUCCAAAAUUCAACGGCAUCAAUAGGCAAAUGUCUAGUGAUACCGAAGCUAUAAGACGAAGAUUCUCUCAGGAUAUCGGUUCCCAUGAUAUUGAAGGUCAUUCUUGUAACAUGUCAGUUCGGUCAGGAGGAACGGCCCUUGAAGGGGCGGUAGGUGGCGCUGAUAUUCAAGUGUUCAGAAGGCAUCAGGGUAAUAACAUUCCAUCAGGGUCUUACCAUUCCAAUAUUACCCAUAAUUCUAGAGAAUAUCACAGGGUAUCUGAUAAUGAAGGUGACAUUGAUGAGCUUAUUCAAUCAGGUACUGGAGCACAUGCACCCCAUAGCACAACUUACACAAAAAACACAUUUCCAGCAUCAAAACACGAUGCGAACAAUGAUAAAAAUGCCAAUUAUUUAGAGCACCAUAGAGAAAAAUUUAAGCGCAUUGAAAACUUUGUCUCAGAUUGUGCUAAAUAUAGUAACCCUGGAACAUCAGGGGAGAGCACUAUAGGUGAAGAGGAUGAUCAUGACAUUUCAAGGUCACACAUAGGUGAAAGGUCCAAUGUUGCAGAGGACAAUAGUAUUUUGAAACAGUUUUUAAGCACUGAGCACCAAAAUAAAACUUUAAGAGACAAUUCUGAUUCCGAUAGUGAUCCUGAUGAUGAAAAUAACAAGGUUAAGAUUCCUGCACUUGAUUUGCACUCAUUGACCUCUAGACACACUACAGAUCGUCAUGGUGAUGGGUCACAAGGUGUAGGUGCUCACCGGGAGCGUAGUUUAUCAAGCUCAGAGGUUUCUUUGCACACAGCAAGCAGUAAUGAUGUGUCAGAGGAGGAUGGUGGAGGUUUUAAUUCUUCUGAUGGAGCCAGUACUACAUCAUCAUCUGAUGAUGAAAGUUUAUUGUUGAGUGACAACGACAGUGAGUUCUCCUCUAGUGAAGAGUCGGUGAUUAUGUUAACGUACCCCGAACGUCACCAGCCACGCUCGUUGUCUGCUCAGAAAGAGUGUACUGAUGUUGCUUCUAUAAAUAGCCAGAACCAGUCGGAACAUAUUGAUAUUAUACAGGACAAUGAUAUGGUAAAAGUAUUGAAUGAAGUUAGAGGCUGUCUUGUACAUAAAUGUCGUAUAACACAAAGCAAAGGAGCUGUUAUGGUCAGUCUACAGACAGUGGUACUGAAGAAUGAGAUUCAUCAUUGUAGGACGUCAGGUGUUUUUAUGAGACUCGCUGCAUCAGGUCUUGUUACAGGUAAUGACAUCCAUUCUAACUGUGAGGCCGGUAUAGAUAUACGUAAAAAUGCUGAUCCUAUUGUACAGUGUAACAGAAUACAUCAUGGAAAGAGAUCAGGAGUUGUGGUUCUUGGAAGUGGGCGUGGUCAGAUUAAACAUAAUGAUAUUUAUCAGAACAAAGAAGCAGGCGUGUAUAUCUUGUACAGAGGCAAUCCUACAGUGUGUAACAACCAGAUAUACAGUGGAAGGGCUGCAGGUAUAGCGGUCAACGAGUCCGGUAGAGGAUAUAUACAUGGUAAUGUUAUUACCGGGAACCAGUGGGGUGGUAUUGAUAUUCGGCAUGGAGGGGAACCAGUGAUUUAUCAAAAUACUGUAUGUAAUGGUAUAUCAGAUGGUAUUGUGAUUGGAGAAGGUGGGAGGGGAACCAUAGAGCACAAUAUCAUAACAGGGAACGCGGGCUGCGGGGUUUGGGUAAUGGCGGCACAUCACCCCCUUAUACAUAGCAAUGAGAUUCACAGUAAUAGAGAUACGGGUAUUUGUUUGGUCAAUAGAAUGGAUUCUAGUCACAAGAAUGAGACAAUGAUGGUGGAUUCAAAAGACACACCAAGUCAUCACAGUCUAGAUUUUCUAGCGGUUGCCUCAGAGGAGCAGGUUUCUCUACAACAGAGGUCAGUUACCAUGGCAACCAUAGAAUACAACAAAGUCUUCCAUAAUGAAGGUAAGGGUAUAUCAGUGCAAUUUGGUGAAGCUGUGAAGAUUGAGAACAAUGUUGUACAAGGUAACAAGUCUGAUGGUCUGUUUAUUGAACAAGCAUCCCCUGCUACAGUCAGGUGUAACACUAUGAUUUGUAAUUCUGGCUCAGGCAUCAUUGUUGGCGGACCUGGAAAGGUUGAUAUUAAUGGAAAUGGUAUCUACGACAACAAGGAUCAUGGGAUAUGGUGCCGCAGUGAGGUUGACAUCAUAGAAAAUGACAUCUUAGGAAACAAUUGUAGUGCUAUACAUUUGAUAAAAUGCAGUAAGGCAAAAGUAAGAAAAAUUUUCUAUGGUCAAGGAGACAGUGUCGUCAUGAUGGACGAAACGUCACAUUGUAGUAAAAUAAGUAAUCAGAUUCUGUCACCACCAGGAUGUACCAAUAAAGAGCCCAUGAGAAAAGAUCAGGAGGACAUGUCUCCACUUGGCACCACCAGGUGGCAGUUAGCUAACCCCACCCCUAGACCUCACAUGACCACACCCCUUCAGGUAUCGUACACGCCCAGUCAGCAUGUAACAACUAUUACAAGAGUCACUGUUCCAGCUGACAACUGUGAAAAGGGAUCUAGAUUUUGUGUAAUUGUUUGAUAUCAAAGAUAUUUAGUUAUGGAAUGCAAAGUAGCUUGAUCUAGUCUGAAAGAAACCAUUGUGAAAGAUUUAGGGUGUAUUCAGCGAAAACCUGUGAAUUCAUCAUGUGUUUAAGAUGAAGUAAGAUUUAGGCUCUGAACAUAAAUUUUUUGUAAGAAAAUGCAUAUUUACACAGUUUCACCAUCUCAAAUGUUUUUACAGUUCAUACAAUGUCAAGACUGACUAUGUAUCUUUUAUUUUUUUGGAGGGACUACUCUCUGUACUUCUACGCAAGAAAUCAUAAUUUAAAAGGAUAUUGAACAUAGUUAAAUUAUUUAUUUAUUUAUUAAAUUAUUAUUAAAUUAUUAUAUACUUCCACAUAGUGAUAAUGAUUUAAUCAUUGAAAUGAUAUUGCAUUUACAUGUACAAGGUCAUUCAUAUUUUUUCACAUGUUUUAUUGCAUGUUGAUCAUAUAGAAUAGUUUCUAUUUCAAAUGUCUCCAUAAUAAAGAAAUUCUACUUCAUCAGUUACUACUGUAAAGAAUUUCUACUUAAAAUAUCACAUUUAAAAGAAUAUUUAUUUCAAGUGAUGCUGUUAUAAAGAAUAUCUUCUUGGAAUAACACUAUUAUAAAGAAUAUUUACUUCAAAUGACACUAUUGCAAGAGCACCUUCUUCACAUGACACUAUUGUAUGAAUAUUGAAUUCAAAUGACACUGUUAUAGAUAAUACUUUCUUCACAUUACACUAUUUAAAAGAAUAUUUACUUCAAAUGACACUUCUAUAAAGGAUAUCUACUUCAAAUGACACUUUAAUAAAGAAUAUCUACUUCAAAUGACUCGAUUAUAAAGAAUAUCUACUUCAAAUGUCACUAUUGUAAAACAUAUCUUCUUUAAAUGACACUUUUAUAAAAAUAUCAACUUCAAAUGAAAAUACUGUAAAAAAAUAUCUUCUUUAAAUGACACUAUUAUAAAAUACAUCUAAUUCAAAUGACACUGUUAUAAAUAA